ACGCUCUCUCACUCUCUCGAUGUCAGUGUGCGUCAUCUGGAAUGGCGUCACGUGGGAGUACAAAGGCAACGCUCGCGCUCAGCCUGUUACAAAUGAUUCGCGCCUCGAUCUCGAGCUCUCCGCGUCUGAGGAGAUACUUCACAAAGAAAACUGAUAUUUGUUAUAUACUGAAAUAUACAAGCACAUAUGAGUGACUUUUACUUUUUGUCGACGUGAACUCGUCUGUUUGAUAGGAUUAUUUAAACAUCUGAGUGAAAUCACGGAAAUCACGUUCGUCUUUGUACUGUUUUUAAUGGAUUUAUAGACUCGAAGUAACGCUUGACUGGGGGGCUGAAAGGGAACAAAGGAAAGAAAGAAAGACAAACUUGUUCUGCUUAGAGGUAUUUCCAUCCCGACCACAUUUUUGCGUAAGAAUCGUGAAGUUUGUCUGAAGCGCGUAUCCAGCUGCUGGCGCGCGCUGGGCUGAGAUGGAGAGGAUGAGCGCGUUCAGAUGGAAGUUUUCUCUCCUGACAUCCAGACAAAGAGAAUCUCAUCGAUCGGAUUAUGAAACUACAGAAAAACAGCAUUCAGACCAAAGUAUUCGCGAAAUUAUCCUCCACUGUGAAGCGGAAAUAUGAUGAUGAGCGUGAGAUCUACUUGUGCGUAAUGGACACAUAACAUCAGGAGGAGGAUCUCAGCACACAGGCUUUUAUUGCCGUAGCAAUGAUUGCAACAGGUGGGGUGAUCACGGGGCUUGCAGCAUUGAAAAGACAAGACUCCACCCGCUCUCAGUAUCAUCUGCCAAUCCAGGGCCCCACCCCUGCACCUGAGAAGAAAUGCGCUAAGCGUAAACCUAGAGCUGAUGUGGUGGUGGUGAGAGGGAAGAUCAGACUGUAUUCAGCCUCGGGAUUCUUCCUGGUUUUGGGAGUGCUGAUCCUCAUGGCAGGCAUCGCAAUGGCUGUUCUAGGAUACUGGCCUCAUAAGGACCACCAGAAGGCACCCGAGAGCAAGUUGUCCGUGAACAACACGCAGGUUGGCCGAGAGCAGGUGGGUUCCAUUGCGCAGUUCUUGGAGCAGCACCUGCAUUCAGAGAAGAUGAAAAUGCUGGGUCCUUUCACAAUGGGAAUUGGAAUUUUUAUCUUCAUCUGUGCUAAUGCCAUCUUGCACGAGAACAGGGAUCGUGAGACAAAGAUCAUCCACAUGAGGGACAUGUACUCGACUGUCAUAGACAUUCACAGCCUGCGGAUUAAGGAGCAGAAAUGUACGAACGGGGCCUACGUGGGUCCCUACGCAGACACGGAGAUCCGUUCUUUUGGUCUGGACAGCCAGUUUGCCUCACGGCUCGCAGCAAAUACGCUAAUGUCCUUUUCCGGUCUUGAUGGGGAUGUCCGAUUCUCCCACAGGACCAGCUCGGGUGAGGAUGAUGAGGGUCUAAUGAGUGAGGCCAGAGGUGGAUUAGGCCUGUUGUCGCCUACCUACAAGGACCGUUCUGAAUGUAUCUUCGGGUUCCAGGAUGAGGGCAGUCGUCGGUGGGAGGACAAGCGUGGCGCGCUCAAGAAAUGCCAAACGCGCUCCAUCGUUUCCUCUUCCAUCAGCGCCUUCACGCUGCCCGUCAUUAAACUCAACAACUGCGUCAUCGACGAGCCUGACAUUGAUAGCAUCACGGAGGACUUAGAGCAGAACAGGGUCCACUCCAGACCUCCGUCAAUGGAGUCGUUAACAGUCCCUGUUCCCGACGUCGCCAAAGCUUUCAAGCCUCCGGGCACCCACCUGCUCCGGAGCAACUCAGCCACUGAAUCCCCAAGCUCCGCAUCGUCCCAUUCCUCACUGUCUCCUGGAUCCACCAGCGGUAGAUUCCUGUCACCUGGAGCAGCGCGUAAAGACUUCGGCUCCAAUAACUCUCUCCACAUGUUGUCAGCCCAUUCCAAAUCUCUAGAUUUAGAGAGAGGGCCCACAAUGCUGACUGUCCAGCCCGAACAGAGGAAACACCCUAGCUGGCCCAGAUUGGACCGCAGUAAUAGUAAAGGAUACACUAAACUGGAGAACAAAGAGGACCCUAUGGACCGGCUAAUAGUGCCCCCAGUGGCGGUGAAGAAGGACUACACGAAAAAGGAGAAACUUCUUAUGAUCUCUAGGUCUCACAAUAACUUGAGCUUUGAGCAUGAUGAGUUUAUGAGCAGCAGUCUGAAGAGAGGCACCUCAGAGACUAGAUUUUAAAACUGAGCUAGUGGCAAAUAUCAUUCCAGUGGCUUUUGGCGUUCACAGUCCGCCUGCAAUACAGAAGACAGUUCUUGCUGUUUUUGAAAAUUAAGGCCUUGAACUGAAAGCUCAGUUAUGCUGCUUUUUAUGCUGCAGAAUGGGUAACACUGUAUUUUGAUGGUAAUCUGAUGACAAUAAGUAACAUUGCACCUACAUGUCAACUAAUUCUCAUUAGAGUGUCAGUAGACUGUCUGCUUAACAUCUGCCACCUCUUUAUUGUGAUGGUCGCACAACAGACCUUCUACUGACUAAACGUAACUUUGCAAGCACGUCAACUUAUUCUAAUCCUAAUCCUACCAGUUUAAUAACACUCUACACUCUAUCAACUAUCAACUGAGCGUUAGUAGAUAGGUAGGUACACCGUUACAUAAAGUCAACAAAAUGUGUUGAAGGGGCCAUCGAAGUGAAACCACAGAAUGAUAUUUCACCAUGAAUUUGAAGUACAAAAGUGAGCCGUAAGGGUAAAUAAACAAAUGGGUACAAUUCGGUAACUAACAGGUUAGUGAAACUUGUUCAAAUGUGUUUGUGGUGUUUUCGUUAACAUUCAGACAGGAUCUAUUGUCUGUUUGAGUACAGUAUGUGUGUUGUACCAGCACUGCUAGUUAUUUUACUUUAAAUAACUUAUUGUUUAAAACAUGCACACACUGAUAUUUUUGAAGAUAACUUAUCUAUGUAUAAUUUAUCUGUUUCUCAGAAUAAACACAGCCUUUCCAUAUAAUGUUGUCCUGUUUUGUGUAACUAGGUUGAUUAUAACAGACUCAUAUUAAUGGGAUAGCUCACCCAAAAUUACAAUUCUGUCAUCAUUUACUCAUCAUCACAUUCUUCACAGUCCAUAUGCUGUUACUUUCUUCUGUGGAAUUUUCACACAGUUCGUUUUCUGACAACAACAGUUACAUGGUAAAUUUCAGAAAAGAAAAAAAUAGUCAAAUUAAUCAUAUAAAGUACUCAUUUGCUAUAUUGGAAAUUAUACCAAUUGCUAUAUUCUUCUACAAUAGCUUUAUGUGAUGAACAGAGAAACUAACAUUUUCUGAUUUACUGAUAAUAAGUUUUGAAAUUUGGACCAUUUUUAUAAUAUUUUAAUGUAUUUCUCCCUUUUUAAAAUAAAAAGAACUGUAUGAAGAUUACUCAGACUUUAUCCUUUUGUGAGUCUGAAAAAAUAGAGUACAGGUUUGCAAUAACAUUAGGGUAAAUAAUCAGAAUGUUCUUUAUCGCUUAGGUCUCAUGGUCUAUUAUAAUUUAAACUGCAAAAAUAGAACUACAUUUUUCUGCAAAUCUGGUAAUCUACAGUAAAGUACUGUAAAGAAACAGUCAUGAACUCUCUGAGAGAGAGCUUGAACUGUAAUUAUACCAAGCCCCAAACAAAUGUUACUCUAAUCACCAUAAUGGUGACUUCAAACAAAACAAUUAUCAUUACUGCAAAAUUAAAUGAAAUCCAUUAAUGUUUACGCACCUGGCAGCAACCUUGUACACAAUUAAUCUGUAUAUUUGUUUCUAGGGAAUACAGUCUAUGGUUCUGCCAUUGUUAGUGAACAAUGAAAGAAAGGUGAUUAUUUCUAUUUGUGUGAAUUCAUUUACCUGUGUUAUGAUACAAAAUUACCAAACUUCAAGUAAACUUCAAACUUGAAUAUAGUAUUUGAUUAAACCGCAUGUCAUUAAAAUGCACAUAGUUUUAAUCUACAGCUUUUUAUUCUAUAACCUAUUCUUAACCUGCUACCACAGCACUGUCUUUGUGUAGUCUCAUGUUCAGUGCUAGUCAUCCCAUAAGUUACUCUGAAAAGACAGAAGAGCAGCCCCUAAAAUUUAUAGCAAAUCACAACAACGUAGUAAUUUUCGAGAAUACAGGCUGUUGUUUAUCAACAACACAAAACAAUCUCACGUUAUCAGCCCUAAAUUCCUUGCGUGUUCACGUUUCCUAACAGUAACAGAGCCCAUCUCCUACUGUCCAUGUGAAAAUGCCUGGUGACAACAGCGCGCUUGUAUGUGUUCAUCCGGGGAAACUCUAGGAGUACCACUGGGAAGUGCUGCCAAAUUCUGUUCCCAGUCAGUGAAGAUCCAUCUGGAGUAAUACGACCAGUCAGGGUGUGACUGACAAUUCACUCCAUCCUGUUUCCAUGGAAAUCAAAAAAUACUCCAUAUUACAGCUCUUGUUUGGUUAUAUUCUCCAGGAUGCAGCCACAAAUGUUCACACAUUGUUAUUACUUGAUGUCAGCGCAUCAUAACAUGAUACUGUGGUGUUAUGUGUUCACGUGUAAUAUUCUGCACAAAUACUCAGCUGAAAACAAUUGUAAUAACAGAUUCUAAAGUUAUAAGAUUUUGUAAGUUGUAAAAAAUUUACACAGUUUUUUUGUAAAGCUUCUUUCAAACAGGGUGUAUUGAGAAAAGUGCUAUACAAAUUCAUUUGACCUGAUGUAAAAUGUGUAGCUUUAGGAUUCUCCAGGAUAAAUAUGAAAUAAAUAUGUGCAAUACAUAUUUCUUAAAUAUAUCCGUGUGUGCAUAUUUAUGUACAUAUAAAUAUACACAACACACACACAUAUUAUGUAAACACCCACUUUUAUUUUGGAAGCAAUUAAUAACACUUAAUCAAUUAUACAGCCCUAAUUACAAAUACACAGCCACACGGUCACAUUCUAGAUGAAAAAAGUGGCAAAUUUGUUAUGGAAUACCAUGUAUCAUCGAGAAAAUUUACAUUCAAGUGUGUCAGCAAGAAAUGAUUAUGAAUGAUACAAUAAUGGGCAGAAAAAAAUAUUUUCAUUAACAUUCCUUUAAUGUUACCCUUUGAUGUUGUCUCUGUCAUAACUACAAUAAUAGAGAUAAUUAACGGUGUCUCUUGGAGAAAAGAACCUUUGUUUGCUUGCGUGCCUCAUUAAGGUCCUGUCUUACCAACACCCACUGUGACUGGGGUUACAGAAUCUCACCAUAGCAACAAAAGAACCCCUGCCAGUUAGCAAAGUGACGUCAAAAGCCCCUCACAAUGGAAACACCAGCUGCAAAAGACCACUUGGACAUCUGGACUGGCUUCAGGGUUCAUCACCGUGGAAAUAUUGUCUCAUUUCAUACUGUUCAUUCCUAGUAUCAAUCCAGUAUUUGUAAUAAAUUUUGUAUAUAAUCCUCUGGUUUUGAUAUGUAUACAUAUUGUAGCUACAAAUAUUCAGUUUGUGAUGACUCUGAAAAAUAAAACUAUAUUUUCUAAAAACCAAAGUGUCUAAGAUAUGGAAAUGGAAAUAAUAUAAGAGCAUAGUUUUUAUCACGGUACACUAUGUUUAACCUGUCUAAUCUUUAUGUUUGUGUUGAAGA